AUGGUAGAGUUUACUAACACCAUCUGUGAGGCUGUGGACGAAGAUUUCUUGACUUUCGAGUAUUGCCUGUUGAAGUCCUUUAACCGAACCUACAAAUACUUAACCAUAAAAGUCAACCUCCUGCAAAUUCCAGUGACUGAUAUUAAGGUGAAUAUGGCCCUUUAUAAACGCUUGAGUACCUACAAGCCUUACUUCUACAACGUAACAGUUGAUUGCUGCAAAUUCUUAAAGAACGUUAAGCUAUAUCCCAUUGCUAAUUACGUCUACGAUUUCUUUAAAGAAUUUUCAAAUAUAAACCACUCCUGCCCCUACGAUCAUGACCUUUUGGUGGAUAAGCUGACAUCAGCUCACUUUAAUCACCGAUUCAGCAAUGUCCAGGCUUUUCCAUUGGGAGACUAUAUGUUUAAUGUGAAUUGGAUUCUUCAUGGCCAUAUCCGGGCUAAGUUUCGAUUGUACUUUACUCACAAGCGUAUAAAUUAAAGUAAAUAUAAUAUUCUU